AUGAAUUUAAAUAACAUAUCAUGCAUUAAUUGCAGAGAAAAAUUAAAGAAUUUUAAAAAUAUUAUUAUUCAUUAUAUUAUGCAUAAAAAUAUAUGUCCAUUUUGUCUUGCAUAUUACCGUUCUUAUAAACAAUUUUAUGAUGUAAAUGGACAUUUCAACACCAAAAAAUGUAAAAAUGAACAAAAUAAAAUUAUUACAAAUAAUCAAAAAAGAGAUAGCUUUUAUAAAAAAUUAAUGGAUAUUACUGGUGAAAAAAUAAAAUAUCCAACAAAUGAUCCAGAUGACCCAUGUAAACAUUUAUGUAACCAAAACCAAGAUGAAAUUUUUUAUCAAGAAAAUAAUGAAAAUAAUGAAAACAAUCAAACAAUUGAUAAUGAAGAAAAUCAUGAUAUAAUUGGGUUGGUACAUAGUGAAGAUGAAAACAAUGAAAUUAGAAUAGAUGAAAAUGAAGCAAACAUUAAUAAUGAAAAUAAUGAAAAUAAUGAAAAUGAAAAUGCUCAAAACGAACCAAUAAAUAAUAAUCUAAAUAAUAAUUUAGAUAAUGAAAAAUCAAAAAAAAAAUUAAAUGAAACUGAAAUUGAAUUUUUAAUGUUGGGAAUUGAAAACUCAAUAAGUUUAAAGCUACUUGAAAAAUUUAAAAGUUUUAUUGACAAAAAUAAAACCAAUUUAAAUCAAAUAAGAUACACACCUCAAUAUAUGGAUAAAUUAUUUAUGGAAGAUUUUCAAAUAAAAGGAGAAACAUUUAUAAAUAAAAAUUAUGAUCACUCAAUUUUUUAUUUUGAAAUUAAAAAAGUAUUAGAAACUUUAUUAAAUAAAAAGCAAUUUUUUGAAAGAAUAGAUUUUGAUACAGAUUUUGAAACUGGAAUUUAUACAAAUUAUAAAAGUGGUCAACAAUUUAAAGAUUUAAAAAAUAAAAAUAAAAAUAAAAUUGUUUUACUUAGAAUAUUCACUGAUAGUAUGCAGUGUCAAAACAAGAAAGAUUAUUCUAUAAUGCUGGAUAUAGAAAAUUAUAUUGGAAAUGAAUAA